AUGCACCUUUCCCGGCUGAGGAGAUGGGGCCUGAAGCCCAACGAGGUGAUCCUCUCCGCUUUAGUGGGUAUCUGCGGUCGGCCAAAUAGAAUUGACCACGGCAUGGGCUUGCACUGCUUCAUACUUAAGCAGGGAUUUCAGGAUCAUCACUUCAUCGCGAGCAGCCUGGUUGUCAUGUAUUCCAAGUGCGCCAGGGUUGACUCCGCUCGGCGGUUCUUUGAGGAGAGAGCAGUUUACGAUUGUAUCUCAUGGAACUCCAUGAUUUCUGCCUACCUGCGCAAUGGCAUGAGCAAGGAAGCAAUCGAUCUCUUCUCAGACGCCGUAGGAAGAGUUUCUGAUCGCCUGGCCUUGGUAAACAACUUUACAUUAUCCAGUGUUCUUAAGGCCUGUGCUCUUUCGGGAUCCAUCCGACCCGGCAGAUCCGUACAUGGCCUCGUGGUUAAGCUUGAUUUCGAGUGGGAUGUUGUCCUGGCAGGAUCCUUGAUGACUAUGUAUUCAAAGCAUGGCUGUUUGGGAAGAGCUCGCCUGAUAUUCGAGAAGCUGGGGGAGCGAGAUUUAGUAGCUUGGAAUGCCAUGAUAUCAGGGUAUGUACAGUUUUCACAUGAUGAGGAGGCCAUGAAACUGUUUCAGAGGAUGCAGUUGGAAGGAUUUCUCCCCAACGAGAUCACACUCACCAGUGUCUUGAAAGCUUCUGCCGGGUUAGAAGACAUUGACCUGGGCAAAUGUUUGCACGCCUACGUGACCAAGCGUGGACAUAUAUCUGACUCGUUCGCGGGAACCGCAUUGGUUGACAUGUAUUCAAAGUGUUCAGAGAUUAAAGAUGCAGAGCACGCUUUCAUGGUGGUGCGGGGGAGGAGUCUAGUGUCUUUCAAUGCCCUUAUAUCUGGCUAUUGCUUGAUGGGGGAUCACGAGAGAGCCAUGCUGGCAUACAUUAACUUGCUAAAGCAAGCCAUGAGACCAGACCCAUUGACUCUCACCGGUCUUCUCUGCUCGUGCUCCUCCAAGGCUCUGGGAGAAGGAUCUCAGGCUCAUUGCCAUGCGAUAAAGCUUGGUUUCGACUCAGACAUAUCCCUGGGGAAUUCUCUGGUCGGUUUUUAUGCCAAGUGUGGCCUCACAGACUGUGCGGUCGAGGCCUUUGGGUCUGUAAUCGAACCUAAUUCUGUCGCCUGGGCCGGGAUCAUCUCCUGUCUUGUGAAGAAUGAUGAAGGAGAGAAGGCAUUGCAGUAUUUUAAAACCAUGCACAUGUUUUGGGAAAGGGCUGAUGAAUUCUCUACAUCAGCUGUUAUCAAGGUCUUGGCUGAUUGGGCGGCUGCUGAACAGGGCAAGCAUCUUCAUACCUUGGUGAUAAAAAUGGGGCUGGAAUCUGCUGUCUUUGUGGCCACUGGCCUCGUCGAUAUGUACUGCAAGUGCGGGAUGGUGGAAGAUUCAUUCAAAGUGUUCGUCAGCAUGUCUCUGAGGAACGAUGUCGCAUGGAAUGUUAUGAUAACCGGCUUGGGCCACAAUGGGCGCUGCACUAAGUCACUGGAACUGUUCCAUGAGAUGGUGGAUAUUGGUGUCACGCCCAAUGCUGUGACCUUCAUCGGAGUUCUAGCGGCUUGCAACCACGCUGGUUUGGUCGACGAAGGGAGAUCCUACUUCGAUUUGAUGGGUUCCCGGUUUGGGAUUUCUCCCUCGAUCGAACACUACACCUGCAUGGUCAGUCUUCUCGCCCGAACUGGGCGCUUCCACGAGGCAGAGCUUCUCAUGAACGCUUGCUCUUCCCUGCCGGAUCCCGUGAUGUGGAGGUCAUUUCUUGCUUCUUGCCGGGUUCGCCGUAGUGAAGAGCGACCUUCGAGGGCUUCGAAGGAGCGCUUACUCUCUGCGCCUGAUGUUUGUUCCAGCAGCUACGUGCUUUUGUCUAAUUUAUUUGCCGAGGAAGGAUUAUGGCCUGAGGUGGCCGAGAUCAGGAGCUCAAUGAGAGAGCUGGGGAUGAGCAAAGAGCCGGGUUGUAGUUGGAUUGCAGUUAGAAAUGAGACCCAUGUUUUCACUGCCGAGCAGAAGUCAGGGUUCCCCGAUCAUAUGAGGGCGACGCUGUUCUUGGUUCAUUCGGAAAUGAGGGCUGGAGGAUAG